UAUGGGCAUCGCUUCUUGGCCUUUUGGCUAAGAUCAAGAUGGAGACGAAGAUUAGCGUGAUGGAGAGAACUCUCAGGAUAGUGGUCAAAGGAUCUAGAGACGAAGUCAGAAGAUUUGGACGAAAGGAUGUUGUGGAGCUCGUCAAAGAAGAACAGGUAGAAGCAGUGUGGCAAAUGGAGCGCAUGUCACAUUUGAGUCCACAAGACCAGUUAAUGACUUUGAUGGUCAGGAAGUGAGAGUUCCUGACCAUAGGGUCAUUCUCGAGCUGACUGCGUGUGACAGAGUAGUGGUUAAAAUGAGGGUGAAUUGGUUGCCCUUUUGGGUGACCAAUGAGGCGGUGAGAGAUGCUUUUGAUUCUUUUGGUUUUAUUAAGAACAUCAAAGAAACUACAGACGACGACGGAAUAGGAACCGGGGUGAGGGAACUGUCUAUUUCUAUGAGAGAAGGUGACCAAAGGUACAUCCCGUACUUUACCUCCAUAGAGGGAAGUAGGGCCAUGAUAGUGGGUUCUGUCCGACCCCCCAUCUGUUUUAGAUGUGAGGGUGUCAGCCAUAUGAGGCACAAGUCCCCCAACUUUGUGCCAUCAAAGUCGUCCAGACACCCGCUGUUGGAAAGCGGGCAGAGGGGCCUGUUGGCAAGGCCCCUCCCCCACAGGCUGUCAGUAAACCUGCGGAGAGACCCACGGGUCGAUCGGGGGACUCUCAUGGUCCCCAGGAGGGUCCGGCUAACGCCACAGCCGACCCUCCCAAUGACAACCAGGAGGACCGUGGGAGUCCUACGGAGGGUGAUGGGCCCGUAUGGGCAUCGCUUCUUGGCCUUUUGGCUAAGAUUAAAGUUUUGAGAUGGAGACAAAGCUGAGCAUCAUGGAAAGGACAUUGAGUAUACUUGUUAAAACGGUCUCGUGAAGGAUUAAGAGAAUUCGGGAGGAGAGACGUGAUCAGUCUGGUGAAGGAAGAAGCUGUAGACAGCGUUUAGUAGAUGGAGCGCAUUGCCUCCAGUAGACCAGUUAAUGAUUUCGAUGGUCAGGAAGUUAGAGUUCCUGACCACCGGGUCAUACUUGAACUGUGUGCGUGUGACAGGAUAGUAGUAAGGAUGAAAGUAAAUUAGCUACCCUUUUGGGUAUCCAAUGAAACGGUAUGAGAAGCUUUUGACAGAUACGGGGAUAUC